GCCGGCGCGCGCGGUCGUGUCUACUAACAACGGCUUAUCGUAAUAUUAUGUGGUGUGUGGUCCAAGUUAUAAGUGAUGGCGAACAUCAUUAUAAAUGAAUUUUUGACGUUUGUUCAAAACAAGAUAGACGUUUUGGAUGAGAUCAGCAUUGUUCAGAUCUGUGCUACCAACUUUACGGAUUCUGAAGUCGAAGAUGGUAAAGCUGCAUUGUACAGCGCGUGUGGCAGCACUUCAAGCAGAAUCAUUCAGAGAAAAGGAGAGGAUAAAAGGAAGAAAAAUAUUAAGGACGUCAUCAAGUUAAUGAAAGAGGUGGAUCCAGACCUGCAACCGACCUUCGUUGCGAAAGAUUUAAAUCGACUACCACCUGUCUCAUUUGAUCAUGUGGACGUGACUCGCCUACUUAAAGACGUGUCGAAGAUGAUGUGCGAGCUCUCGGAGUUCAAAACGAAAGUCAGUCUGGAGAUCGAAGAUCUUCGCAAAUCGAUGAUGUCAGACGGCGCUCGUUAUAUACAUACGGGCUGCUCCCCGCGAAAACUGUCAAGCUCUAAUACUAUGACAACUCCUUCGAAAUCGCUUCCACCUGUGAGUGUACCACACGCAAAAGCACCCACACAAGCGCACCGGGACGUAACCGGUCUCGACGACGUAGUUGCGCCGUCAUUGUACACGCCUACAUAUCGCGAUAUCGUUUGCGACAAGGAGCGUCAGGCGAAGAGCGCCCGUAUGCGUAAUAUUAAUUCGGGUGGAUUUCGCAGUACGCAAAAAUGUUCGAUGGGCCAUGUUGCAUCGCAAGUAUCAAACACUGAUACGAUAUUAUGUAGUAACGACACGGGGUUUAAAAUCGUGGAACGUAAGAAACGCAAACCUAAAAACUUAAAUAUGCGCGGUACUUCUGUAUCACAAUGCAAAAUCCAAGUUGCUGAUCCCGAGUGCUCCAUAUACGUUUCGCGGGCUUUAAAGUCUGUCACUGAAAGUAACAUUGAGGAAUAUAUUAGAGACAUGGGGGAAGAAUGCAUCAGCGUGGAAAAACUGGCUCAAAAUAGGGAGACUUCCUUUAACUCAUUUAAAGUGAGGAUACCUGCUAGUAAAGCAAACACCUUUUUGGACGCAAAAUUCUGGCCUGCGGGAUUAGUAUACCGCCGCUUUAAAGAACGUUUCCUAAGUACCGCUGCUUCGAAGAAAUUAUAAUAUGAUGGACAAGGACAUAACGUUGGCUACUUUUAACUGUCGCUCCGUGAAGCGGUCUGCUGAACAAAUACGUACCCUAAUUGAUCGAGUCGAUAUCCUAGCUAUCCAGGAGACAUGGCUUCUUCCUCAUGACCUGGGAUUCAUAAAUGAAUUAAGUAACAACUUCAGUGGACAUGCGAAAUCUGCUGUGGAUACGUCGGUCGGUGUUUUGACGGGCCGCCCAUAUGGAGGUAUUGCGCUAAUCUGGCGAAAAUCACUGUUUCCUAAUGUGUCUAUUGUAGAUUGCGCUAGUGAUAGAUUAGCAGCCAUACGAAUCAAGCUGGACAAUCGUCACCUGCUCAUCAUCAGUGCCUACUUACCAUAUGACGAAGGAACCGAGGAGAGCCUGGCGGACUUCAUUAAUUGCUUAGGUUUGGCCUUGAGUUAUCGGCUUUCUGUGCUGAUCACUCACUUGUAUGUGUCGACACGGAACUGCUGCCGCCAGACUCCUUUACACAUAUAAAUGAUGGAAGUGGGGCCAAGAGGUGGCUAGACCAUUGCAUUGUGACGGCGGCAGCGCGUGAGAUAGUAAUUUCUGCUAAUAUCGAGUAUGGAGUGUAUUGGUCUGAUCACGUCCCUUUACUUGUCAAGCUUAAACUGUGCAAACUAACACAGAAAAUUGAAGAUUCUCAGGCUAACAAUCCUCU